UUGGAUCUAUUUUCCCGAAUCAAACCCUAGCCCCUCCAACAACACUUACCAGCUCGCUCUAGUACCCUCUCUUUUCUCUGUUCAAUCUUGUUUCUUUCACUUUCUCUCUACUCUCCAUCUACCCAUCAAAUCUCUGAUGUGUUUCCACUUUGCACACCGCCUCAAGCAAUUUGAGUCUCCACUUUUUGUUCAGUAAUUGAUUCAUGCCCUAGCAAGAAGAAGUACGGCUAGGUAAUAAUUCCUUCAUCGACAACAUCACAGGGGUACUAUAUACACAAGUCCAGAUAAAAAAUUGUAAACCUAUAUAUAUUAUUAUGUUCAGAAUUUGCCCAGUUAUCUGCUUCUAGAUUGUAUAUGCGAGCGAAGGAAGUGGGUUGUGAAAUCUUAUCGAUCUGAAGAAGCAAGUGAUCUGUUGAAUUUAUUGGGAAAUAAAAGCAUUCACUGAUGGACCAAAUUACAGCGCAUCCUCAUUCUCUUCCUCCUCCAUUCCACACGAGGGAUCUUCAUCAUCCACACCAUCAAUUUCACUCUCUCCAUCAAAACACAGAAGACGAGCAGAGCGGAAGCAGCGGCGGCCUCAACCUUGCUCAGAAAAGGGAUCGAGAAGAAAACAGCAACAGCGAGGGAAAGGAGAUGGUGGCCGUGGGCUCCGGCGAUGCCGAGAUCACGAGAAGACCGCGAGGAAGGCCCGCCGGCUCCAAGAACAAGCCGAAGCCGCCCAUCAUCAUCACGCGCGACAGCGCAAACGCGCUCAGAACCCACGUGAUGGAGGUGGCCGACGGCUGCGAUAUCAUAGAGAGUGUCUCCAACUUUGCCCGCCGGAGGCAGAGAGGGGUUUGUAUAAUGAGUGGAACAGGGACGGUAACGAACGUGACUCUCAGGCAACCAGCUUCUCCGGGAGCCGUCGUCACUCUCCACGGAAGAUUCGAGAUAUUGUCACUUGCUGGAUCGUUUUUACCACCGCCGGCUCCUCCGGCCGCAUCAGGAUUAACCAUAUAUUUGGCCGGAGGACAAGGGCAAGUCGUAGGAGGAAGCGUGGUUGGGACACUAACAGCUUCAGGUCCAGUGGUGAUCAUGGCGGCGUCGUUCAGUAACGCUGCGUAUGAGAGGCUUCCUUUGGAAGAAGAUGAUCCCUCCAUGCCGAUGCAAGGUGGUGGCAGCCGAGAAGGGGGCAUCGGCUCUCCAGGUGGUGGUGGUCAACAGCAAGCAGGACAGCUUUUAGGGGAUGUGAACACAACGGCUCCACUUUUCCAUGGUCUGCCUCCGAAUCUUCUGAAUUCUAUACAGAUGCCAUCAGAAGCAUUCUGGGCUACGGGUCGUCCUCCAUACUGACGAUGAAUGACGAUGAAACUACCAUUCGAUCUUAACCUUGGUUUGAGACAACAUCGUACACUUAGAAACAUGCAAGGUAUGUACGACCACGAAACUGAGAUAAUAUUGGUUGCUUUUGCUUAGCGUUUGUGUGAGAGUUUGAUGAUUAGUUAGCUAGAUAGUGAGUAUGUUUAAUCAAUGCUUAGCAGCUCCAUCAGUUGAGACUGUAAUUAAAUUGUGAUGAUUGUGAUGAUGAUAUUAUGAUAUCCUUUGGGUGAGUUUUAUUUCGUGAUCGAGGUGAGAAUAACAAGUAAAUUCGGUUUCCACAUGAAGAAGUGGAAGUUGAAAGUUGUAGCUGUAGUUGUAUUAGUUUUAUUACUGGGAGUAGUAGUUGUCGGAAACAGAACAAGGACGAAGAGAAUAAGGUAUUAAUUAUCGCCUAAGUAUAGUGUUGUGCGUUGAUGAUUUGUAAAACUUUCUUGAUCAGUUGUUCAUCAUUAAUUCAUUGAAUGCAAGUUUUCUCUCUUUUCCUU